AUGUAUUCAGGAGGUCAAUUUGGCGAGUUCACUGACAGCAACAACCGCUUUUUUAGCUCAUUGCAGUUCUCUCUUGAUCUGGAGGGUGAGGAUCGUAGUACACUGAACCAAUGGGUCCGCCUCUUGCUCAACUUCAUGGCCACCGUAAAGUUGGAUGGAGGUGGUCCCAAUAUGGCAGUUGGCUCUCUCGAGUUGACAACAGGUGUUGGUGUUGGAGCAAGCCUUUCUAGUGGUAAAAGCGUUCUUGGAGUCCCAGGUGAUGAAGCUGGCGUCUUGGGCGUCGCAACGGGAGGCAGUGGAGGAGGCCCUGGAGGAUGCGAUAAUCGUGACGAACUUCGGGACAAAAAGGCUUUGAGCAAAGCUCAACGACAUUUAGCUUUGCUUUUAGGUUACACCGAUCAGACUUUCAAUAUACCGCCCCAUAACCUCAGGUCAGCCAUUUCUUGCAUAUGA